UUGAGCGGUUAACACAACACGACCUGAGCGAUGUAGGGGGGCAAGGUCACGUAAAUCUCAAACAAAUUUUCGCGGGAAAUAUUUCUCUGCUGAAAGGCAGCUUUUCAACCAAGGCACCUCUCACCCAGCACCUCUUCCUCCAAACAAAAUGGAAACUGAAGUGCCUCUGAAUGACGCUAGAUGCAAAGAAAAUAUAAGUCCAGAGGGACCAACAGUUUCAAAGAAAUCUAGAAUUGAACCUUCAGAGAAAAGGCAUGAAGAAUACAACUAUCUGGAUGCAAUUCAACAUAUAAUUGACCAUGGGUCUAAAAAAGAAGACCGUACAGGAACAGGGACAUUAUCAGUGUUUGGUAUGCAAAUGAGAUACAGCCUGAGAGAUGGUGUAUUUCCUCUCCUCACUACUAAGCGAGUGUUUUGGCGUGGAGUAGCUGAAGAAUUACUUUGGUUUGUGAAAGGGAGUACAAAUGCGAAAGAGUUGUCUGAUAAGAACAUUCACAUUUGGGACCAAAAUGGCUCCAGGGACUUCCUUGAUAAAUCAGGAUUAAAGCAUAGAGAGGAAGGUGACCUAGGUCCAGUGUAUGGUUUCCAGUGGAGACAUUUUGGUGCAGAAUAUAAGGACAUGCAUGCCGACUACACUGGUCAGGGUGUGGACCAGCUUCAGGAGGUCAUCAACAGAAUCAAAACAAACCCUGACUGUAGAAGGAUUAUCAUGUCUGCUUGGAAUCCUCCAGAUUUACCCAAGAUGGCUCUGCCGCCCUGCCAUUCAUUUGUUCAGUUUUAUGUUUGUAAUGGUGAGCUCUCCUGCCAGAUGUAUCAAAGAUCUGGAGAUAUGGGACUAGGGGUACCAUUUAACAUUGCAAGUUAUUCCCUUCUCACAUACAUGAUUGCUCAUGUUACAGGCCUCAAGCCUGGAGAAUUUGUGCAUACACUGGGAGAUGCUCAUGUUUAUGUGAAUCACAUUGCUGCUUUGAAAGAACAGUUGAGCAGAGAACCACGCCCUUUUCCAAAAUUGACCAUCAAGAGAAAUGUACAAAACAUAGAUGAUUUUCUUUAUGAAGAUUUUGAAUUGGAGGGAUACAAACCACAUCCCAAAAUUGCCAUGGAAAUGGCCGUUUGAUUUGUUAGAGAACAAUACUGUCCAUCUCCUCACUACAAUCAGUUAGUGGUCUUUGGAUUUCCUCACUAAUUGACCAUGAAGUUAGUUAUGACCAGUGUUAGAAAUUAAGGCUGGACCGUCUGCCUGGGGCUAAGAACUUUCAGAAUGGGCUGAGAAGUUUUCCCACUCGGCAGACAUUCAGUCCAGCUACUUUUCAAGAUGGACUUGCGGUCCAGCAACUAAU